CGGCGCGCAGGGGCGGGGCGGGCGGGGCCGGGCAGGGCAGAGCCGCGGGCGCGCGCAGGCAGCCGCCGCCGCCGCCAUGGGCUGCACCGUGAGCGCCGAGGACAAGGCGGCCGCCGAGCGCUCCCGCAUGAUCGACAAGAACCUGCGGGAGGACGGCGAGAAGGCGGCGCGGGAGGUGAAGCUGCUGCUGCUGGGUGCUGGCGAGUCUGGGAAGAGCACCAUUGUCAAACAGAUGAAGAUCAUCCAUGAGGAUGGCUACUCGGAGGAGGAGUGCCGGCAGUACAAAGCCGUGGUCUACAGUAACACCAUCCAGUCCAUCAUGGCCAUUAUCAAGGCAAUGGGGAACCUGCAGAUUGACUUUGGAGACUCCUCCAGAGCGGAUGACGCUCGGCAGCUGUUUGCGCUCUCCUGCACUGCCGAGGAGCAAGGCAUCCUACCGGAGGACCUGGCCAAUGUGAUCCGGAGGCUGUGGGCUGACAACGGGGUCCAGGCAUGUUUUAACCGCUCCAGAGAGUACCAGCUGAACGACUCUGCUGCCUACUACCUGAAUGACCUGGAGAGAAUAGCCCGUGCCGACUACAUCCCCACGCAGCAGGAUGUGCUACGCACCAGGGUGAAGACCACUGGCAUCGUAGAGACCCACUUCACCUUCAAGGAUCUGCACUUCAAGAUGUUCGAUGUGGGUGGCCAGCGCUCGGAGCGGAAGAAGUGGAUCCACUGCUUUGAGGGGGUGACAGCCAUCAUUUUCUGCGUCGCCCUGAGUGCCUACGACCUGGUGCUGGCUGAAGACGAGGAGAUGAACCGGAUGCACGAGAGCAUGAAGCUGUUUGACAGCAUCUGCAACAACAAGUGGUUCACGGACACAUCCAUCAUUCUCUUCCUCAACAAGAAGGACCUCUUUGAGGAGAAGAUCGUGCACAGCCCCCUGACCAUUUGCUUCCCUGAGUAUACAGGGGCCAACAAGUACGAUGAGGCGGCUGGCUACAUCCAGACCAAGUUUGAGGACCUGAACAAGCGGAAGGACACCAAGGAGAUCUACACCCACUUCACCUGCGCCACCGACACCAAGAACGUGCAGUUCGUUUUCGACGCCGUCACCGACGUCAUCAUCAAGAACAACCUGAAGGACUGCGGGCUCUUCUGAGGGUGGCACUGCCCAGGACCCCUGGCAAUGCCAGCGAAGGGAGGACCGUGCCGCCCCCACCUCCUGCUUCUCUUCGGAUUCAUCCCUCCACCCCCACCCCAUAAAGAGACUUUUGGGUGUCAGCGCAGUGGCAGGGCCCGUGUCCCCUCCGCUGCCCCGCUCACCCCCCGCCAUCCUCCUUUUCCUUGUUGGCGUCACCCUUUCUGCCUUCCUGCGGAAAAUGAGGUUUUCAUCCUGGUUUUUAACUCCUGAACUGCUCCAGCCCCCCUGUUCCUUUGCUCCCGAGCCCUGGCGCUCUCACUGUUUACAUUGCAAGUGUUGCUGGCACGGGGUGGGGGGGACACAGGGGUCCCCCUGGGGACACCCACCCGGCUGAAAACACAACCAACAACAUUCCUUUUAGUAAGCCACAAAAGAAAGAAAAGGAGAAGGAGAAGAAAGUAAAAAAACAAAAACAAAAACAAAAACAAAAAAAACCAAACACAACAGUGCGCAAAAAAAACACCACACCACACUGGCUGGGUCAAGGUUGCUUUUUACAGAAACCUUUUUACCAAACUAUUUAAAAGCGUCAAGUGCUACGUGGUGGCGGUGCCCUCCAUGGCCAGCCCACCCCCCAACCGUGUGCCUUGGGGGGGGUCUGCACCCCACCCCGCCUCGCUGCCCCCUGCCCCGCUACCCCGAGGGACGGGCAGCCCUUGGUGGGCAGCGGCUGGGCAGGGGAGUGGGUAGGGGGUGCUGCCCGCUGCCUGUAUCCCCCCCUCUUUCUAAGCCUAGUUUUGUAGGGCUAGCUGUUGCGUUGGGCGAAAAGAGCCCGCUGUACAGAGUGGCCCCUGCUGUCCCCCCCUAGCCCGGGGGGGCCCCCUCAGCCGGUGCCCGCGGCCUCGCUUUUCCCACAGGAUGUUUUACCGAAUCGUUCACAUGGUUUGAAAUAAUAAAAUGUUGAAACAAAAUAAA